CGGCCCUGCCCGCCCCGCCCGCCCCGCCUCAGCUUCCCCGGAGCCCCGAUGGACACGAGAGGAGAGCAGCACACGUCCUGACCCCCGCCCCACACGGCUGCCCCCGUGCCGGCCACCGGGACGAUGGACGAGUGGAAACCCAACCCCACUGUGAAGCCCCACAAGAAGCGGAGCUGGUACCUUGCCUGGAAGUACAAGCUGAUGAACCAGCGUGCGCUGCGGAAGCUGUGUCAGACAGGUGCAGUCCUCUUCCUGCUUGUGACCGUAAUUGUGAACAUCAAGCUGAUCUUGGACACCAGGAGAGCUGCUUAUGAGGAGGAAGAGGAGUCUGCACAGGACUAUGAUGACGAGAUGCUGAAUGUGGAGGUCCCCAGGCACCCUGUCAACAACAAGAAGGUCCUGGAUGUGGAGGUGUACUCCAGCCGGUCGAAGGUCUAUGUGGCCGUGGAUGGGACGACGGUCCUGGAAGAUGAGGCUCGGGAGCAGGGAAGAGGGAUCCAUGUCAUCGUCUUAAAUCAGGCCACGGGUCACGUGAUGGCCAAGAGGGUCUUUGACACCUAUUCCCCCCAUGAAGAUGAAGCCAUGGUACUUUUCCUCAACAUGGUUGCCCGGGGCCGGAUCCUGAUAUUUACCAUUAAGGACGAAGGCUCCUUUCACCUCAAGGAGACAGCCAAGAAUGUCCUGAAAAGCCUGGGGAGCCAAGUUGCACCAUUCCUGAGCUGGAGAGACAUGUGGACAUUUGUGGGGAAGAAGGGGGGAGAAGUGUAUGGGGAGAAGCAUGCCAAGUCACCUGCCCUCUCGACAUGGGGUGAUCCCGUUCUGCUGAAGACAGAAGUUCACCUGACAUCUGUGGAAGAUGCUGAGUGCCAUUGGCCCGACACGGAGCUGAACCGGCGCCGCAAGAGGUUCUGCAGCAAAGUGGAAGGUUAUGGCAGCGUCUGCAGCUGCAAAGACCCCACACCCAUCGAGUUCAACCCUGAUCCCCUCAAAGACAAUAAAGUCUUUGACGUGCCAGUAGCUGUCAUUGCAGGGAACCGCCCCAACUACCUGUACAGGAUGCUGCGUUCCUUGCUGUCGGCGCAGGGCGUCAAUCCACAGAUGAUCACAGUCUUCAUCGAUGGGUACUACGAGGAGCCGAUGGAUGUCGUGGAGCUGUUUGGCCUCUCAGGAAUACAGCACACUCCCAUCAGCAUUAAAAAUGCCAGAGUUUCCCAGCACUACAAAGCCAGUCUGACUGCAACCUUCAAUCUGUUCCCGGAUGCUAAAUUUGCUGUGGUUCUGGAGGAAGACCUUGACAUUUCUGUUGACUUCUUCAGCUUUCUGAGCCAGUCAAUACACCUUCUGGAGGAGGAUGAGAGCCUGUACUGCAUCUCUGCUUGGAAUGACCAGGGCUAUGAGCACACAGCUGAGGACCCCUCACUCCUGUACCGUGUGGAAACCAUGCCAGGCCUGGGAUGGGUGCUCCGGAAGAGCCUGUACAAGGACGAGCUGGAGCCAAAGUGGCCAACCCCUGAGAAGCUCUGGGACUGGGACAUGUGGAUGCGGAUGCCUGAGCAGCGGAAGGGUCGGGAGUGCAUCAUCCCGGACAUCUCGCGCUCAUACCACUUCGGCAUCGUGGGGCUCAACAUGAAUGGCUACUUCCACGAAGCCUAUUUCAAGAAGCACAAGUUCAACACAGUUCCAAAUGUCCAGCUUAAAAAUGUGGAGAGCUUGAGGAAGGAUAACUACGAGACUGAAAUUCAUCGGCUCCUGGGUGAGGCUGAGGUCUUGGACCACAGCAAGAACCCCUGUGAGGACUCCUUCGUGCCCGACACUGAGGGCAGGGUCUACGUCAUGUUCAUCAGGAUGGAGCAGGAAGCGGAUUUCACCACCUGGACUCAACUUGCCAAGUGCCUCCACAUCUGGGACCUGGACGUCCGCGGGAACCACAAGGGGCUGUGGCGGCUCUUCCGCAAGAAGAACCACUUCCUUGUGGUGGGGGUCCCUGCCUCCCCCUACUCGUCCAAGAAGCCCUCGUCGGUGACACCAAUCUACAUGGAGCCCCCUGCCAAGGAGGAGGGGGCGGGGGCAGUGCCAGCGGUUGCAGCAGCAGAGCAGACGUGAGGCUGGCAGCUGGAAGCAGAGGGGACCGGGGGAGCACAGAGACCCCCACGGUGCAGAGACAGAGUUGGCAGCAGCUCUCGGAGGCUGGUGACUGGAUACAGAAUCCUGUUUUGGGCUGCAAAAGCAGAUGUUGGGCUCCCUCCAGCCCCCUGUUGUGGUCUCCCUUUCCCUUGCACAGGACAGGGUCCUUCCCUGUAGAUAUGCCACCCCAUCCCAUGAACUUGUUUUUUUUAACACAGACACUCUACUAACGCUGCUCCUUUUGCCCCCUGGCUGGGCAAGGCUGGAGGAAGGAGAUGCUCAACUGGAGGCUAGAGGGGGCCUCAAAAAACACCUCUGCUCUCCUUUUUGGCCCUGAAGUCCUGAGAAAGCAGCAUGGUGUGAGUGCUGCAGCCUGCCAGCUGGGUGUUAUUUAUUAAUUCUUGCCUGCUGGCUUUGUGCCCCAUGGUGAACACAGUGCUGAAGUGGGGAUAUUCCAGCAUCUCUCCUGUUACCUGCAUGAUGGAUGCACCUUGAAGACUGUGUGCUGGAUUGGACCUUCCUGCACACUGGCUCUGCUCCGUGGGCUGCAGGUACUGGUGCAGCCCAGCUCACAGGAAAGGGAAUGCUGGAGAGGAGCUGGACUUGCUGCAGACACGGAGGGGACACCCCCCACCCAGCAUGAGGACGGUCAGUUCUGGAAGCUGGAGGUGAUUGUAGGUGGAAGUGGACCAGGCUGUGUGCUCUGGCUCAGGCUGUCCUCACCCACCUUCUCUGUGGGGAGCAGCCCUGCCCCUGGGUCAUGGGAGAGGGGGUGAAAGUGCCUUGCAGAGCGAGAUGAGAGCAGCCAGCAGGUAUCAUCCGCUGGGUGUAGGGGCAGGGUGAGCCAGGGUCAUCUGGAGUGAGAGAUGGUGCACUAUGGUCCUUUCCUGUGGUACUGUACCCUGUCUCCAUCUUCCCUGCCCUGGUAUCCUCUGCUUUUGCUGAAGGCAGGGGGAGUUUUUUCUCCUGAAUCCCCACCCUUAGUUUCUGGCAGGGAAGGUAUGAGCUGGUCUGGGACGGGCAGCUUGGCCGUCCCGUUGUGGUACAUCCCUCAUGCAGAGGGAGAGGUAGUGGAUUCCGUGCCUUAGGAAGGAUCCCAGGGCCCCCUCCCACCCCCAGCCAUUUGGUACUAGUGUCCCUGCACCCAGGGGUCAGUCCUGGGCCCCUUGCUCAGUACAGCUCCUCCUCUCAUCCAUGCAGCUAGAGAUCCAUUCUCUGCUCUGCCCUUUCCCUGAGGUAACAGGGGCUCUUCCCCUUCAUUUUCUCACUGUGAACUGAGCAUCGGGGUAUACACUACACUAACUUAUUUAUUUAUUGUUCCUGGGAAGGGGCGGAUAACAGGAAGCAGCAUGGAGGGCUGGCAGCCCCCAGCCUGCACAGGAACAGUCAUGGGAGGUUUGUCUCUUGUCCCCCUGGCUAUACCCUCUGUUCCCUGCUUUCCUCCCUUGCCCAGAAUAGGAAUGAAAACUUGUGAACCAGGAAACUCCUCUUGGCCAAGAUGAUCCCAGUGUGGAUGCAGCACAGCCCUAGCAUGGCUGUGGGGACUCUGACCCUCACAGUCCCUUGCAUGCCUGCCCCAGCAGCAGGGAUGGGAUGGGAUGGAUGCAGGAGGGGAACCAGAACGUGCAGUGGCACCCUUGAGGCUGCAGUACCAGUCUGGGGCUCAGCCCUGCCCUCCCCAG